AUGGAAAGCUACAAAGCUCAAGGAUUAAGCGGAGACCGGUUCCAUUUCGACGAAAACGGCGACGGUCCUGCCAGAUAUAAAAUAAAACAUUUCAAGCAAGUUUCCGAGGGAAAAUUCGAGUGGAUAACGGUGGGGGAGUAUCUCGAGGGGGUGCUCCAAUUGAACAUGUCAGCUAUUCAGUUCAAGGCUGGUCAUCCAACUCUACCAGAAUCAGUGUGCAGCUUCCCCUGUCACUUAGGCCAAGCGAAAAAGUAUGUCGAGGGGGAGAGUUGUUGCUGGCACUGCUUCAACUGCACUCAGUAUCAGAUCCGCCACCCCACCGACCCCACUCAGUGCCAGAAGUGUCCCCAAGGAACAAUUCCUGACCCGCACCACGUCAAUUGCAACGACAUCCCGGAGGAGUUCCUUCAGCUCGACAGCGGCUGGGCCAUCGGAGCCAUGGCUCUCAGUUCGACUGGGGUGCUGAUCACUAUCUUCAUCUUCGGAGUGUUCGUCAAGUACAACGAAACACCUGUGGUGAGGGCAUCUGGAAGAGAACUGAGCUACGUACUGCUGAGCGGGAUUCUGAUGUGCUACGGGGUGACAUAUGCAUUGGUGCUCAAGCCGAAUGAUAUCGUUUGCGGGGUACAGAGAUUCGGAGCAGGAUUCUGCUUCACCGUCGUGUACGCUGCAUUAUUAACAAAAACCAACCGCAUUUCUCGGAUUUUCAAUGCGGGAAAACACUCAGCCAAGAGGCCCAACUUCAUAUCCCCUCGCUCUCAGCUUGUUAUUUGUUUCGGAUUGGUUGGAGUCCAGGUACUGAUCAACGGCAUCUGGAUGAUUAUCUCACCUCCCAGAGCGAUCCACCAUUAUCCCACCAGGGAAGAUAAUCUGCUCGUAUGCUCGUCCUACAUCGAUGCAUCAUAUAUGAUAGCUUUCACCUACCCCAUUUUUCUCAUAGUCAUAUGUACGGUGUACGCCGUUCUGACGAGAAAGAUACCGGAGGCAUUCAACGAAUCGAAACAUAUAGGUUUCACCAUGUAUACGACCUGCGUAAUCUGGCUAGCUUUCGUCCCGCUCUACUUCGGAACUGCAAAUCACGUUGCAUUGCGAAUUACAAGCAUGUCUGUCACUAUCAGCCUAUCUGCAAGCGUAACAGUGGCUUGUUUGUUUUCCCCCAAGUUAUACAUCAUUCUGAUACGUCCAGAGCGAAAUAUUAGACAAAGCAUGAUGCCGAUGAGAUACAGCGCCAUCAACAAAAGCUCAACAAACACCGGGUCUGGAAGUAUGAUGGCUGCUGUGAUGGUUACAGCAGCUACUUGCGAUCAAAAGCAGAACGUGCAGAAACAUGUUUCUCCUAUAGAAAAAGUAGAAGAUGAAAUAUUCUACAAACAACCCUGCACAAAGGACAGUAGCACCCAGACAAAUUCUGAUGCGCCCUACAACAUUACACCGGAUCUAACUUCUAAAAUUAACAACAACCACAAUAUCGGCAAUGGUCCGGCGACAAUGUCGCCAUCACCAAAAAUAAAAGAACUAGCAUCAUAGCAGAAGUCUGACAGCAGACCUUCAAGUUUGAAAAGGAAACCUAUUCAGGUGUGAACUCCAACUACGAGAAGUGUUGAAGAAGCCAAAGUUGAUGAAACUUUCUUUAGAAAAGGAAAAACUUCAGCGUGAUUUCAAUUGAAAUGAAAAUAUAAUACAUUUUAUUGAUGGUGCAAUCUGAGAAAAGAGUCUAUUCCAAAAUCAAGUUGAGUCAGAGAGGUGAUAACAAUACUUCGAUCUCACAAAUGUAUAUAAAACUUCCAAAGUUCAUGAACAGUUGGCGAAGCAUUUUGUUUGAACCAAAUGUCAUAUGAUAAUACCAGUUUGAUACUUAUUUACUCUUUGAAUAGUUGAUGGAGCAUUUUUUAGGCCAAAUGGCAUACUUAUCAACAAGUUUUGUAUUUUGUCUUAAAAAAAAAAGUAGUCAUGAAAACAGCCUCCAGAAAAGAGAUUUUGACUAAAUUGUAUAAUUUUCUGAAACAAAAUGACUGAGGCAGAUAAAUCUGAACAUUUAAAAUAAUAUUUUUGCCCAACGUUACCUAUAAGUAUAUAUUGUGGCAUAUUCAUGUGAUUAUAGUGACUAUUUCAUCAAUUGUGUCUUUCAUGUAAAUAUGCAUAUAACUCAUUUUUGUUAUACUUAACUGAUAUUUUACAAACUUGUACUGCAAGGAAAGUCUCAUCGAAAAGUCAAUAGAAAUAUUAGACCUGGGUUAGGAACAAAAGCCAGAUGUUUGCAUGUGAAACAUUUUUUAGCAAUUAGAAAAAUUUGUCAUAACCCUCAAUCUAUUCCAUCAUUGGAGUAUAUAUGGACAUGUUGCUGAGAAACCGAUUGAUAAAAUUGAAAGAUAGCAAAAAUAUGAUGGACUUCAUCAUAGAUUCCAAAUGGAAUAUUUCUGUAGACUUUUCACAUGAACAUAUUUAUAUAAUUGUUGAAGUGUACAUUGUAUCAUUCUACAGGGUAAGUUAAACGUUGAAUAUGUUGUGAAAAUGUUAAUAUUUCCAAGCUUGACUGAGCUAAGUGGUUUGACGAUACAUUUAUUUAUUUCUUGUAAGGCUCUCACACGUUUAAACUUUGUUCCAAUUAUAAAACAUUGUUUCCUAAAAGUAUAUCUAGUUACUUAAUUCAUUUUCAGUAAAAUUUUCUUUUUCAGCUUUGCAAACGAUUUUAUUGUCUGUAGAUAAUUUUAUUUGAAUAUUCUCCAUUUUUCAAAUUUGAAUACACUGAAAUUCAACUCAAAUGUUCACUGGAAUAUUCACAACCAUCGUCUGAUAUAUUUCCUUCGUAACUGAGAAGCGUAAUGAGAAGCCCAACCACAGUUUUAAUCCUUGUUAUAUCAGAUAUAAUGCAGCUCUCCCAGUAUUCUGAAAUUGAUACAGAUUUCCGCUGUUGAAACCAUUCACAAUGCCUUUCCUACUGACUCACACCAUAAUCAAACCGACUUGCCUUUAAAAAAUAACAUAAAUCUUGUCUGGUCGAAUGCAGAAAGCCGUCAUUCUUGGUUGACCUCAUCUACUCAGGGUACACGAUUUUUGAACCUAAUGAUCAUUCACUCAACGCUGUGAGGAAAAACAACAGCACAAAUAUAACAUUUGAAUUGUCAACAAGAAAACAUCUUCAUAAAAUAUAGUAUUAUGUCACAAAUUCAUUAAUACUGUAACAGUUCUUCUCAAUAAGAAAUGCUUCAAGUCUGGAAUCAAAGAUAUUAAUAUUUGGAGAUGUUUGGAUAGAGACAUCAAGGUGAUUAAAAACUUUGCAUCCCAAAUAUAAAUGAUUUUUUUUGUAUAGGUUAGUUCUGUGCACAGCAGGCACAAGAAGAUUUCUGGAUCUAGUGUCAUAUUGAUGAUCUGUUCUAUUGAAAAAUGUAUCUUUAUGUUUGUAUACAUAUAUACACAGUUCAUACAGAUACAAGCCUGUCAAAGUUAAAAUCUUUAGUCGCUUAAAAGCCUCUCUACAUGACUGCCUCCAAUUUAGUCCUGCAAAUUUUUGCACAGCGAAAACACGUGACCAAGAGGUACAUGUACUCCAGUCAAGAACACCAUAUCGCAAAUGACAUUUGAUGUUUGCAUAAUAAACGAUUAAUAGUAUGUUUUCGUGACACUGAUUUGAUAAGAACUUUAACGUACCUAGUACCUUUAAGGUACCUAAAUAUCUAAUCAGAAUUUGUACCAAUUUUAAAGUCGGUUUGUUGAACUUAUUUUUUGUGGAGUUCAAUAUGUCAAUAAAUAGUGAGCUUCCUAUUUUUUAUUGCUUGAAUAAAAACAUUUUUAUGCUGAAUUUUUGUUGAAUGUAUCGUCAAAGUUAAAUGGAAGUCAACUAGUGAAAUAUUGUUGAGUUUACGAACAAAAUUUGAUGAAAGUCCUUCAGGUCAUUUUUUGGCGUAAAUUCAACGAUUAUCAGUAGUAUGACAACGUGGCAGAAUUCAAUUUGCAUGAGCCCUUCGUUGAAAACUGUCACGAAACAUAGAAUGUCUUCUCAUCGCUCAUUAGUCCGAAAAAAUAUUCUUUAUUGUAAAGAGGAACGUUCAUGAUAAUCGUGAGAAUAUCUGUAUUUCGUAAAAAGGUAUAAUAUUUAUAUCGAAACAUACAUAUAUAAACAUCUUGUAAUAUGGUCCCAACUCAAAAUUGUUCACAUUUAUAAAUCGUUUGUUAUUCGCCUUACAUGUGAAAUUAUGUAAAAAAAAAAUAUAAAUAAAACUUCACAAAUAUGUAAUGAAUAAAAUGUAUAUGUAUUAUGUACCGGAAGUUCAACAAUAAAAAUGUGUAUGGAUAUUAUUGUUUUAUUUCACAUCUCUCAUUCAAUAUGUAUGAAGGUAAAAGCAAAGUUGAAAAGACUGUUGUCACACAUUGAUGAAUUAACCGCCGUUGCAUAUACAAACACGUUAGUUACGAGUCCAAAAAUAAUCAGAAGUGAAUAUUUUAACUGAUUUUUCUCAAUCUGAGAAACACAUUUGAAAUUUUUGAUAGUAACAGUUAAACUCUGAUCGUCACAUACGAAAUCAGU